CGUGUCAUGAGAAUGGAAGCAUAGUACAAAAACGUGAUAGUUAUAGCAGCAGCGAAGGUAACAGAAAAUACGACAGUUCGGUAGAUGUAAGAAAACAAGAUGUAUUGGAUUCGUCCUCUGAGAGCUUCCAUCUUGGUCCUGUGUAUACUGGGAUUGUACUCCAAUGUUCAAGCAGGGAGAGAGAUAGAUUCGGAUGUGUAUUGUGGAGCAUGUCGAGCAUUGAUCAGUGAGGUUGAGUAUGCCAUAACUCAGGAAGACCCUCGUCAGACUAUUACUGUUGGGAGUUUCAGGAUUGACCCCAAAGGGGAACAAAAACAAAAAAAGAUACCAUAUGCUGGAUCUGAGUUGCACUUGACUGAGGUGAUGGAGACCGUCUGUGAUAAAAUGACCGACUACGCAGAAAAGACAGACCCAGAGACCAAUGAGAAAACCUAUGUGAGGUAUCAGGCACGGAAUGGAGAAGACAUGGAACUUAUAAAUGUAUCUAUCAACCUCACCACAGGGAAAGUUCUGAAAGUUGCAUGCGAAAAUAUUAUUGAAGAUUACGAAGAUGAAGUGCUGAGAUUGUACAGGGAAAAGUCAACGGACAUUGAAACCAGCCUGUGCUCCAGUCUUACAAAACUUUGUGAGGGUUCAUCGUCAGCGCACACCGAGUUAUGACCCCCAGGCUUAUUUCAUUAGUACGCUAAGUAACGGAAACUAUUGAUCAAUGAUUUUAAGUAGUUUUGAUAGUGGUUCAUCAGAAUAUACAGAUAUCCCUUUUAUUUGAGGCACAAAGUAAACCUUAUGAAUAAAAUUGAUUGUAUUUGCCAAGAGCAUUCCGUUAAUGUGUGUGAGAACUUUCAUAAGAGAGCGCAAAGGGUAUUGAUAGUAUUUUUUCAGGAAGCAGCAAAUAUUUGUGUAGGUUUACAAAAUAUUCAAUGCAGAAAUUAAAGGGGGUGCACCAAGCUGCUAUAAUGAAAUACAAAUAUUAUGAAAUGCAUAAGAAACAAAAUGUGCUACAUGAAUAUGUACAUAUGCAUUUAACUGUUUAUUUAAAGUUUCAUAAAGAAACUGGCAAUGUCAAUUGCUAUUACAUGUCCUUCAUAAAUCAAGAAGUUGAUAUAAACUAUAAUUGCAAACAUCACAGCUCAAUCAAGAUGAAUUAGAGCUGACUGUUGGCAAAACUACUCUACUAAAUUCUUUUGCGUGAAAUAGCACCAUAUGUUUUAAAAGAGUGAGAUAUAAUACAAGUAUGUUGUAAACAUGUGAUGUUACUGAUUGUGGUGCACCUGUGGAUACAGCACUUAUAUGGCAUCUGUUGAGCGCCAGAAGGGAGUUAGCUCAUAUACCUUAACACAUAGGCAACACCCUUCUGCUUCGGACAGACAAUGUGUACAUUUAAGUCCAGAUUAUAAAGAUCAAUGUGCCUAAGUUCACCCUCAUGAGAAUCAUCAUGUUCCUUACUCUUCCACAUGUGGAAAUUCUCUUUCAAAAUUGGUUUCACUUCUUUUUAACUAUCUUUCCUAGCCUUUGUCAUAGCUCUAGAGAUUGGGCUGGUUUUGACUUGCUUACAGGUAGAUUGAGUCUUUAUGAACCUGAUCAUGCCUUUUGCAAGACCUAACAACAUAAUUUCAGGUAUUAUGUAAAUGUUACCCUUAUUCUUGCUCGAGAUACCUAGGUGUGAAAUUUAUGAAUUGCACAAAUCUUAUUCUAUAUUCUUAAGAUUCACAAAUCUUAUGGCAAAUCUUAUUUUAUAUUAGUUAUUAGCCAGAGAACAGCCUCUUUGGCAAAUUUUCAGCCAGGGCUUUGCUGACCGUCUCAGGGCAAGUUCAUUGUACAUUCUUUCAAACAUUUGCCCGGCUGAUAUGUUUCCUUGCCUCAGAGCAUCAAACAAAUUCAUAAUUUUUCUUAGUAUUUGUAGUGAUCUAUCAGUAAACCUGUCCCAAAGCAUCAACACUGUCACAUCAACUAAAUAUUGUAAUGUCAUUCCAUCCAACAACAACCAAAACAUUCACACCACUAAUUCAUUCUUUCAUUCUCCAACAAGUGCCUCCCGAUGCCGCUGGGCAUUUUGUUAUUUUCAUGUUUUAUCAGAAAGGGAGAAGUAUUUUACCCCUGUUUUAAGGUGCCUCUCUUUAUUCCAUUAAGUCAGUGUUAUGGGGAUCAAUAUCAUUGGGUAAUGUAAUGGCACAUCGGUAGAGAGUUAGAUGGAAGUUGUCACUGGAGAGACCCCCAAAAUAAAUUGAAAUCAAUUGAUCGUGUAUGCACUGCACUUUUCAUAUAUUCGUUGAGUGAUUUGCCUUGUGGCAUGAUGUGUCAUCAUCGUGGCAACGUUUCUUGGCUGUUUAGGGGAGUAAUUAUCAGCCCUAGUUGGUGUUUUUGUAAUUGUAGUUAUUGCUUGUGAUUUUUUUAUUUGGGGUCAUAUUCUAAGUGCUUGACGCAAUUGAAGAAGACAAGUGUUCUUCUCAAGUCUUUUUAACGUCACAGAAGAGACACUCCAGAUUCAAUCUUUUUUCAAGAUAAAAUAUUUCAGACUUGUUUUCAACUUUUUAACUGUUUGUACGAAGGAGUCUUUUCCAAGAUAAGUAAAAGUUGCCAUAUUAACUUUCAAAAAAAGUAAUUCCUGUAUUGUACCCUAGUUGAAAGUUUGAAUAUCAUUUGUAAGGAUUUAUAAUAGGUGCCGACUUCAAUAUUUAUAUGUAUAUAUCAUCACCUUAUAUGUUUCAAGACGUGAUAUAUAACUUAUCCUUUUCUUUCAUUAGGUGUGAAUUUGAAAAGUUAUUGGAAAUAUUUCAUAAAGCAUUGUUUGUUCCUUUAAAUAAUGUGAUUGUGCCUAUUAAGAUUAUUGCGAUUAUAUAUGAUUUUGUAUAUCAAUAUCACAUUAUAUUAUUAUGCACCAAACAAGUCCAAAUUAAACCACAAUUGCCUUUUCCAUGUUUAUACCAAAAGUUAUGUUUGAUUUGAAGUUGAGUAGGAUAUGUAAAGUGGAACACAGUAUCGUGUUAAAGUGAAAUAUAAAUAUUGUUUUGGUGGAUUUACUAUACUUUAUAAAUGUGAAAUCGUCAGUCGGAAAGCAA